GUUUCCACCCACCCGACGGAGCCCAGGCUGCUCAGCUGAUUUGGUUUAGUUGUUAGCAACUGUGCUAAUCUCAAGACCCAAGCUAUUCCUGUCUCAGUGGAAAAAUACAGGAGGGAAGUGGCUUGGCAAAUCUUAGACCUUUGUCAGAGCCAAAUCGGUUUUUUUUAUUUUGUUGUUGUUUUUUUUAUACCAGUGAGGCAGCAUGGUGCGCAGAGCUGCCCCAAGAUAAUCAGGACCAAAGUGGAGCCUAAGCUGCUUUUCUCGCUUUGCCCCUGUGCUCUGGCUCUUCCCAUGUCAUGUUUGUACUGUGAACCCAGCUGAGAGGAAUACAGAUCACUCCGCUGCUGACAGAACCGACCCUUGGGAGAGGGGGGGCUUUGCAAUGGAGGGGGAUUUUCUCAAAGGAAAUAGCCUGGAGGUGCCCGCUCCAGAUAACAGGCUGGCGAAGAAGAAUCAGCUGCUGGACCGCGGCCAAUGGGCGAACAAGUUGGAGUUCAUGCUGGCGGUGGCAGGGACCCUGGUCGGACUGGGAAACCUCUGGAGGUUCCCCUAUCUGUGCUACAAGAACGGAGGAGGUGCAUUUCUUGUUCCAUAUGUCUUGUUUCUGCUCACCUGUGGUAUCCCUAUGUUCCUCCUGGAGACGGCCAUGGGACAGUACACGUCUCAGGGCUGCAUCACCUGCUGGAGGCACUUCUGCCCCUUGUUUGAAGGGAUCGGGUACGCUACCCAGGUGGUGAUUGCAUACGCUGCCGUGUCGUACAUCGUCAUCCAGGCGUGGGCCUUUUUCUACCUCUUCUCAUCUUUCAGUGCCGAAAUUCCAUGGGCCAGCUGCAGAAACACCUGGAACACAGAGUCUUGUGUUGAAUUUGAUAAAACAAAUGUUUCCUCCAACUGGACAGCAAACGCAACAACACCUGCAACCGAAUUCUGGGAGAGACGAGUACUGGGUAUAUCUCAAGGGAUUGAGGAGGUUGGGAGCCUGAGGUGGGAGUUGGCCCUGUGUCUCCUGCUGGCGUGGAUCCUGUGCUACUUCUGUGUGUGGAAAGGAGUGAGAUCCACUGGAAAGGUAGUUUACUUUACAGCCACUUUCCCAUACGUGAUGUUGGUGGUUCUGUUGGCUCGAGGACUCACUUUACCAGGAGCCAUAGAUGGCAUAGCUUUCUACCUGUAUCCUGACCCUACAAGGUUGGUGGACCCUCAAGUUUGGAUGGAUGCAGGUGCACAAGUUCUCUUCUCUUUUGGCAUAUGUCAGGGGAGUUUGACCGCUCUGGGUAGUUACAACCAGUUUAACAAUAAUUGUUACAAAGAUACAUUUGUUCUCUGUCUGGUGAACGGCCUGUCCAGUUUUGUGGCAGGUUUUGCAAUCUUUUCCGUUUUGGGAUUCAUGUCGCAUGAACAAGGAGUGCCCAUAUCUGAAGUCGCUGCCUCUGGACCUGGGUUGGCAUUUAUUGCUUAUCCACGUGCAGUAGCCAUGAUGCCUUUUCCUCAGUUAUGGUCUAUAUGCUUCUUUGUCAUGGUCAUCUUGUUGGGAGCAGAUACACAGUUUGUGAGUCUGGAGUGCCUGAUGACAUCAGUGACGGACAUGUUUCCCACAGUGUUUCGAAGAGCUUAUCGUCGGGAGUUGCUGCUCCUGUGUCUCUGCACUGUGUGCUUCUUUCUCGGCCUCCUCCUCGUGACAGAGGGGGGCUUGUAUUUCCUUCAACUCUUCGACCAUUAUGUUUGCAGUGGCAACAAUCUUCUCCUCCUGUCAGUGUGUCAGUCGAUAGCGAUUGGAUGGAUAUACGGUGCAGACCGUCUCUAUGACAACAUUGAAGACAUGAUUGGUUAUCGUCCAUGGCCACUGAUGAAGUAUUGCUGGCUCUACGUUACCCCUGGUGUUUGUCUGGGCACCUUCAUCUUUUCAUUGGUGAAGUACAAACCUCUCAAGUUCAACAAGACCUACACCUACCCGACCUGGGCCUACGCCCUUGGCUGGUGUCUUGGACUUUUCUGCGUUCUCCUGAUUCCACUGUGGAUCAUCUUCAAACUUACUCAGAUGAAAGGAACAAUAUCUCAGAACCUCAUGCAGCUUUGCCGUCCUGAAAACAAGAAGCAAAACACAGAGAACCAGCCUGAGCAAUGCCCUCUGAACCCAGACAACACGCCGACUCCUGCUGCCACCGAGUACAAGGGCAGUGGUGGAUCUGAGAUGGAGAUGCAAGUGUGAGGCACUGAACCUUUGGAUGUUUUAUAUGCUGUGUUUUAUUAUAAAGUCUAAGAUUUACAAAGCUAAGCGUUUCUAAGAAAUAAUAGAGAGCCUUAAAUUCUGUACAAUCAAUAAGGAUUCAUGUGUCACUGUCUUAGACGCACAAAGAGAAGUGAGGGUUUUAUAAAGUGUUUAAAUCUAUUUUAAUUUAAGGAAACCUUUGGGAUUAAACUAAAUCACCAGUUUUAUAUGUCAGCAUCAGUUUCCUACCUCCAUGGAGGAUCAGGACGUCAGUCCACAUAUUCACUGUCCACUUUGUUUCACAGUUCAUUCAUGCAUUCUUUCACUUCCUGUUGGCCUUUUACUAAAUCUCCUGUCUUUCCAGAGCCUGCCUUUCCCCCCCAACCCCCCGCAGCAACCCUACCUUUUGCAUGCCCCUCGAUUCUUCUGUAUAGUUGUCACUUCCACCUCCUCACCUGGUCUUGCUUGUCUCUACCUGCAUGUUUUGCCUGUUUAUCUGGUUUACCUGCCUGCCUAGCUACUGACUUCUGACUUGGCCUAAUGUUUGCCCCUUGUCCAUUUUCUGCCUGCCGAGCCUUAAUAAAGAUGAACUGUUUGAAACUUCUACCAGUGUCUCUGAGUCAUGCUACUGAGUUCUCUUAAAUGUGAGCCAUGACUCUGAAGGCCUUGUUCGAACAACGUGAGUUUAGCUCAGAUUCCUCACUUGCAGAGAGUGUUUGGAGAUUGUCCUCAAACACACGAUCUGAAAGCGUCUCCAAUGCAUCAGACUGACAGGCGCGGCAAUAUGAAGCGCACUUUAUUAGCCUAGCUAUUGCACUCAAAUUGGUCACACGUUUGGUGCGUCUCCGAUCAGAUACUUCGGUCAGCACACUUGCAUGUAAAACACAGUUUAACACAUGGCACCGUGCAUGAAUUCUGACAGGACAGAGUUGUCCCAAACGAUUGCAUGAUCAUCGCCCACCAAAAUGUCUUCGCCUUGAAAGUACCAGACCAUGCAGGCGACGUGUCCUUACUCCACCAUAUUUUUCUUGACUAUUACCACCAUAGAUAUAUAUAUAAGGCUAGAUGUCUCGGCCAAUGGAGUCAAACAUCCGUACAUGGCAGCCAUCUUGCGUCAGGGGGCUCGCUCACCCAUAACAUUGUGACUUUUUAAAUAACCAUAACUUGUUCAAUUUUCAACCGAUUUUUAAACGGUUUGGUUUUUUAUAAACGUCAGAGAUGUAGUUAUGACACUGCAUACUUAAUAAUUAUGUUAUUUUUCAAAAAAAUUUAAUAAUGUUCUUAAAUAGGUACAAGAUUUCCCUUUACAAAAUAUACAUCAAGAAUUGAUUGAAGAACAUUUUCUUUUCUUUUCUUUAAAAAGUACAUGUACCACUAUCAACACAAUGUUAUGGGUGAGCGAGCCCCCCUAUGCAAGAUGGCCGCCAUGUGCGGACGUUCGACUCGGUUGGCCGGAAACGCUGACGAGACAUCUAGCCUUAUAUAUAUAUAUCUAUGAUUACCACUAUGUGCUGGUGGUUUUACUAAGAUGGCCGCCCUCGAGUGCAAUUAGUGUAUUGUUCCACACUCUACUUUUAACCCCUUUGAGGAACUGACUGUGCACUUCAUGUCCUACUUCGCAGUGUAACUGCACUUAUGCUCUGAAAACAUCAAGUGUGAGUGUGGUGCUCAUGUUUUACGUUUCUGAGACAAAAGAUUCAGCAUUGAUGUCAAAUCAUUUCUGUUUGUGAAUAUCUGAGAACUUUCAAUUGUCCCAAAGAGUGAGAUAUAUAUGAUUUAUCAUCAUCUGAUAGUGAGUAUACGUUUGAAGUUAUAAUAAAGGAUGAGAAAGUGAAAUUAAGUACAACCACACGAUUAUUAUGGCUAAAUGAUUUAUCCGCAGAUGUAUAUUAAUGCUACACAACUGUUCUUAGUCCUCAUGGAUGAGUUAACUCGUUUUAAAGCUGCUCUGAAAUGUAAAAAAAUCAAACAAGCCUUUGUUAUUUACAAAAACACACAUAUUGUAUAUUUCUGAUUAGAACUCUGACUCUUCUUGUGUUCUCUUAAUUUUAAUUGAUCUGUGUUCAGCCUCCGAUUUGUACUGUUUGUUUUUUGUUGCCAAUUUGAUAAUGUAUCGGUCAGUUUGUUUAUACAAUAAAGAUAAAAUAGAUUUUG